UCUUGAUUGAUUCUUCUCUUCCUCCACCGACUCCCUCUCCUCCGAAAAACCCUCUCUCUGUCAGACCAUUUUUUUCAGAUCGAAAUCUCCGUUCUUCAUCUUCAUCUCAAUUCCUCCAUCGAUUUUGAUUCCUUUUUCUGUUCGAGGGUCGCUCGCAGUUUCAAAAUCCACUCGCCGGAGCCUGGGAAGAUGAUCGAGCGCAUUCUCGGACCCAGCCGCCUCCGCCGGAUCCAAAGGGCGUUCCGUCACAGCGCCGUCACCGUCCUCUGCCUUUUCCUGACCGUCGUCGUCCUCCGCGGCACUGUCGGCGCCGGCAAGUUCGGUACUCCGGGGCAGGACUUCAACGAGAUCCGCGAGCAUUUCUCCUCCCGCAGCCGCCGCGUCGAGCCUCGCCGCGUCCUUGAAGAGGCCCAGCCAGAGACCACGAAGCCGGCCGAUCAGUCCAACAAUUAUGCCACAUUCGAUAUUUCGAAGAUUUUGGUGGAUGAAGGUGAAGAUGAGAAGCCGGAUCCGAGUAAACCCUACUCUCUCGGCCCCAAAAUCUCCGACUGGGAUGAACAGCGAGCUCAAUGGCUGAAGAACAACCCUAAUUUCCCCAAUUUUAUUAGACCUAACAAGCCCCGAGUUCUUCUCGUCACUGGUUCCUCGCCCAAGCCCUGCGAGAAUCCCGUCGGCGACCAUUACCUUCUCAAAGCGAUCAAAAACAAGAUCGAUUACUGUCGCCUCCAUGGGAUUGAGGUUUUCUACAAUAUGGCGCUUCUCGAUGCUGAAAUGGCCGGUUUCUGGGCCAAGCUUCCAUUGAUUAGGAAGCUCUUGCUCUCCCACCCGGAGAUUGAGUUCCUCUGGUGGAUGGACAGUGACGCCAUGUUCACUGAUAUGGCGUUUGAGGUUCCAUGGGAGAGGUACAAGGAUCAUAACUUUGUGAUGCACGGCUGGAACGAGAUGGUUUAUGAUCAGAAGAAUUGGAUUGGGUUGAAUACCGGAAGUUUUCUUCUGAGAAAUUGCCAGUGGUCGCUGGACAUUCUCGACGCCUGGGCGCCAAUGGGGCCAAAGGGGAAGAUCAGAGAUGAAGCUGGGAAGAUCCUGACCAGAGAGCUGAAGGACCGCCCUGUUUUCGAAGCUGAUGAUCAGUCUGCAAUGGUGUAUUUGCUGGCAACUCAGAAGGAUCAAUGGGGGCAGAAAGUUUACCUUGAGAAUGCGUACUAUCUACAUGGUUACUGGGGGAUUUUGGUGGAUCGGUACGAGGAGAUGAUCGAGAAUUACCACCCGGGGCUCGGCGAUCACCGGUGGCCGCUCGUCACUCACUUCGUCGGGUGCAAGCCGUGCGGGAAGUUUGGGGAUUACCCAGUUGAGAGGUGCCUGAGACAAAUGGACAGAGCAUUCAACUUUGGGGACAAUCAAAUUCUGCAAAUAUAUGGCUUCACUCACAAGUCUCUGGCGAGUAGGAGAGUGAAGAGGGUGAGGAAUGAUACGAGCAAUCCGCUGGAGGUGAAGGAUGAACUGGGAUUGCUUCAUCCUGCUUUCAAAGCUGUAAAGGUAACAUCGUUUUCUUCUUGAUAUGAUAUGAUAGCCACGGCAAUGGUUGAAAUUUUCACAGGGGAUUUGAGAGUUUGCCUUUUGCUUUGGUGGGGCUGCCUUGUUCUUUGGGAAGGUGUAAUACAGUGUUCAAAGUUGUAUGGUCUUGGUAUUUAUUUAUCAGUUACCGAUAAUACUGGAGAUUUGUAAACUUUUUUUGGGGUUAAGAAUCUGUGUUAUUAAUGUCUAAAUUUCAUUGAUUUUUAGAAGCCUUUCUUUCUUAUGUCAACUUUGUAAUGGAAAAUCUGUCACAUUUUAAAGAUGAUGAUAGGAGUUGUUAAAGAAAUCUGUUCCCUCGAUCUUUUCUUGGU